AUGAACGCACAAUUAAAAUCGACCGAGGAGCAGUUCUAUCGUGCGCCUCCCGGUUAUGCUUUGACUCGACCAACCACAACCAACUCAUCAACCAAAGCCGGGACGAGCACGAAAAUUCGACGCCGUCCUCGUAGUGCAGAUUCUAAGCCAGGCCGUUCCGGCGAUACCGAAGAGAUUGACAUGGAUGCUUUGUGCAAAGCGAUUAGUUCGUCACGCUUGAAGAAUUUGCAAGUGAAGCAAAAUGUAAUGGAAGCGUUUAUGCGCAAAUUAUUACAAUCCAUGAAAGAGUUGAAAGAGAUCGAAUUGAAACGCGGAAGAUCCAUCAGCUUAGACAAACAACGUCGCCUAAAAUUGACUCGAAUGUUACAAAUUCUUAUGCUGCAAAGACGCAAUUUGCAGUUGCAAACUGAUACGUUGCAAAAGGCGAUUUUAUUGUUGAGCCGAAAACAUGCCAACUUGAAGAAACGUGCGGAAAAUCUAGUUCAUGAAUAUACAACUCUGAAAAAAGAAUACAGCCAAAUGAAGAGUGAUUUAGAUUUUAAAGCAAUUCAAAUUGAUAGUCUUUUGCAGAACAAAGCCACUCUACAAAAACAGGUGGAAACUCAUACUGCCUUGCGUAUUCAGACCGAAAACGCGCAAUUUGAGUUGAAACGUUUACGCGUGGAAAAUGAGAAUCUGAAAGAGGCUUUGCAACAACUGGAAUUGCUGUUACGUAACAAAGUACAAGAGCGUGAAGAUUUAGAAUUGAAAAAUGCACAACUUCAACAAGAAUUGGACAGUCGUGAUGCGGAAGAUGCAAAUAUGAGAGUACGAAGUGAACGCCUGUCCUGCGAAAAUCAAGCACUGCGUCAGGAAUUAGCUCAGUACCAAGCCGGACGUACGGAUGCACAUCUGGUUUCAGCGGAGGCCGAACGUGUUCGAGAAAGAUUGGGUGAUCCUUGCCUCAUUCAAUUUAAUUCGCUGGAUCGAAUCACCGUGCCCACUGUGGUUCGAGGCAAUUCCAAUGCAUAUCAGCGUCAUUUGGGUGUAGAUCCACCGGCAACGUAUCUCACAAGUGAAGAAUCGUUCACAUUUAAUCGUGUAUUCCGUCCAGGCGCUACACAGUUGGAUGUGUUCGAGGAGAUUCGGCCAUUGAUUGCAUCGUGUGUGGACGGAUACAAUGUUUGCAUUAUGGCCUAUGGUCCAACUGGAUCAGGAAAGACUUACACUAUGCAAGGUGUGCAAAAAGACCCAGGGGUCGGAAUGCGGGCAGUAAGCGAGUUGUUCGAAUUGUGUCAACCGCUUCAGGGUAUUUGGGAGGUUCAAGUUAGUGUGGCUAUGCUUGAAAUUCACAAUGAGGUUGUUUACGAUUUACUGGGUGAUCAAAUUCGCCCUGUAAAAUUGUCUGAUGAUGGAACUGAAAUUCGAUUGAUUGAUGCCGAGGAGAAGGUGGCGACAAGUGAACAGGACAUGCUCUUCUGGAUUGCCAAAGGACAUAAACGAAGAAAAGUAACCGCCACAAAGUUAAAUGUUGAAUCAUCCCGAUCACACCAUAUUAUUCGUUUACAGCUGGUUUUGCAGAGUUUGUUCGAGAAGACGCGUCGAAGUUCGUCGCUAAUCUUGUGUGAUUUAGCCGGCUCCGAAAGCGCAGAACGUAUAGAGGCAAGCGGUGAAAUUCACAUUGAGACGGGAUUCAUAAACAAAUCUCUAGUCACUCUGGCCCGCGUGUUCGAGGCGCUGCGUAAACGUAACCAAUGCUUUUCUACAAGUGUUUCUGGAGCUCCGGUUCCCGCACCGUAUCGAGAUUCAAAAUUGACCCAUUUGCUCAAACCUUGUCUGGGCGGUCAAGCCAAAUGUGUCCUCAUCAUCACUAUUUCUGGGGAAGCAUCUUCCAUUGAUCGCAGUUUGAAAGCGUUAGAAUUCGGUCAACAAGCAAUGCAAAUCUCAUUGGGUCCAGCAAGACCAAACGAACGUAUUCUAACGAGUUGGUACAGCAAAAAACGUGUCCGCAGUGCGGAGCCCAACUCCCAAUCAAUCAACUAA